ACAAUAUCCCCGAGGACCUCAGGGACCCGUUCUACGUGGACCAGUAUGAGCAGGAGCACAUCAAGCCCCCGGUCCUCCGGCUGCUGCUGUCUAGUGAGUUGUACUGCCGUGUCUGCAGCCUCAUCCUGAAAGGGGACCAGGCGGCCGCCCUCCAGGGACACCAGUCUGUCAUCCAGGCCCUGGCCCGGAAGGGGAUCUAUGUGAUGGAGAGCGACGACACCCCUGUGACGGACACCGACCUCAGCUGCACGCCCGUCAGGAUGAGUGCCCACAUGGCCAUGGUGGACGCCCUGAUGAUGGCCUACACUGUGGAGAUGAUCAGCAUUGAGAAGGUGGUGGCCAGUGUCAAGCGCUUCUCAACCUUCAGCGCCUCCAAAGAGCUGCCCUAUGACCUUGAGGACGCCAUGGUGUUCUGGAUCAACAAGGUAAAUCUUAAAUUGAGGGAGAUAACCGAGAAGGAGGUGAAGCUGAAGCAGCAGCCGCUGGAAGCCCCGGCUCACCAGAAGUCCCCCUCCAAGUGGUACUGGAAGUUAGUGCCCGCCCGCUAUCGCCGAGAGCACCUGUGCCCGAGGCAGCCGCUCCGCUUCCCGGUGCUGGAGGACCUGAUGCGGGACGGCAGUGACGGGGCCGCGCUCCUGGCAGUCAUCCACUACUACUGCCCCGAGCAGGUGAAGCUGGACGACAUCUGCCUGAAGGAGGCCAUGUCGACGGCUGACCGCCUGUACAACGUGCGCCUGCUGAGGGAGUUCUCCAGCGAGUACCUCAACAAGUGCUUCCACCUCGCCCUGGAGGACAUGCUGUGCGCGCCCCCGGUGCUGAAGCCCAACGUCAUGGUGUUCAUUGCUGAGCUCUUCUGGUGGUUCGAGAACGUGAAGCCCGAGUUCGUUCAGCCCAGGGACGUCCAGGAGCUGCGCGAUGCCAGGACGGCGCCCCAGCACAAGCACAGCCGGCCCCCGGUGCCUAUCUCCAACGCCACCAAGCGCAGCUUCCUGGGUGGCCCUCCCGCCGCGAGCCCCGCUGACCCGCAGCCGCCGGCCCCGCUGCCGACUGAGAGCUGCCACAGGCACUGCCUACACCCUGACGAGGCCGAGCACCCUGGGAAAGGAACUUCUACCUUCAGUCCGUCUCAUCCUUUGCUGCCCCUGAGGCAGAAGCAGCAGAAAGUGAUGCAGGGAGAGGAGACCCCUGAUCCGCGGCAUCGGUCCAACUCCCUAACACGUGUUGACGGGCAGCCGCGAGGCGCAGCGGUAGCGUGGCCAGAGAGGAAAACCAGGCCCGCGUCCCAGCCGACCCCCUUCGCCCUCCACCAGGCUGUGGGUUACGACGUGGAACCUGGCUCUGGAGACAGCGUCAGCCUGGCCCGCUCCAUCAGCAAAGACAGCUUGGCGUCCAGCGUCGUCCACCUGACCCCCCAGAACCAGCCGCAGCCCGCUGCCGUGGCCAGUGGGCAGAGCCUCAUGAGCAACGUCAGUGUGGAGGACGAGGAGGAGGAGCUCGUGGCCAUCAUUAGGACAGACGCGGCCCCCUGCCGUGGGGACCCUGAAGCCCCCAGACUCUCGCCGCGGUCCCCAGGCCUGAGGGCAGGUGCCCGCUCCCCCCAGAGGCAUGCAGACACCCUCGGAAGCCGGCCAGACAGCUUCUUCUUGGAGCCCUUGAUGCCCGCGGUGCUGAGGCCGGCUAAAGAGAAGCAGGUCACUACCAAGGAGGACGAGCGUGGGGAAGGGAGGCCCAGAGGUGCCUCCUGCAAGAGGUCCAGUGAGGGCCACCAACCUUUGGUACGGAAGAGAGCACCCAGCGGCCCUGGCAGCCGCGACCCGAAUAGGACCUUCACCCCAAUCCCUGGUCCUGAACUCCCCUCAGGCAUCAGCCCUGCAGAGCCAGGACCGCUGGCCACGGGAGACGCACUGGCCGUCAGCAGCUUCGAGCCGUCACCUCGGGGACAGCCUGCCGAUGGCUUCUUCCUGCACCUCAGCAGGGCCGACGAGGACCCUGAGGGCAGGCUGUGUGUCAGCUGCACAGAGAGCCCCAGCUCCCGGGACUCGGAGCCCUGGACCCUGCUGCGGCAGGACUCUGGCUCCGAUGUCGCGGAGAUGGAGGAGGCCGUGCACAGCUUCCUGGGCGACGACCACCCUGUGGUCAUCACGGGGUACGGCGGGGAGGAGGAGUCGGCCAAGCUGCAGGAGGACAUGAAGGUCAAGGAGCAUGAGGACAAGGACGACGCCAGCGGCCGCUCGAGCCCCUGCCUGAGCACCACCUCGCAGAUGAGCAGCGUGUCCAUGGCCAGCGGGAGCGUGAAGAUGACCAGCUUCGCGGAGAGGAAGCUCCUGAGGCUCAACAGCUGCGAGACCAGGUCCAGCACCAGCAGCUCCCAGAAGACCACGCCAGAUGCGUCGGAGAGCUGCCCGGCCCCCCUGACCACGUGGAGGCAGAAGCGGGAGCAGAGCCCCGGCAGGCACGGCAAAGAUCCCGCCAGCCUGCUGGCCUCUGAGCUGGCGCAGCUGCACAUGCAGCUGGAGGAGAAGCGCAGGGCCAUCGAGGCGCAGAAGAAGAAGAUGGAGGCCCUGUCAGCCCGGCAGCGCCUGCAGCUGGGGAAGGCGGCCUUCCUGCAUGUGGUGAAGAAGGGCAGGGCUGACGGGGCCGCGCAGCCUCUUAGGCCGGAGCACCUCCCAAAGGAGUACGCACAGCACAACGGAGAGGGCUUUGGGGAGGGGGUUCUCAAGACCGGGGAGCUCCUUGUGAAGGAUGAGCAGCGAGCGGGCCUCCUGAGCGAGCCUCGGGACAUGGACAAGGAGAGCCUGGCCGUCCUGCACCUGCACAAGCCGCGCGACCCCGCCCUCGAGGUGGAGAGGGGCAGAGCGCUGCUGGAGGACGGCGCGGGCGAGGCCGACGUGCGCGAGUGCGACCUCUCCAUCGAGAAGCUCAGCGAGACCAUCAGCACGCUGCAGCAGGCCAUCCUGAAGAUCUCGCAGCAGCAGGAGCAGCUGCUCAUGGCGUCCCCGGGCGCGCCUGCCCCUGCGUCUCGGAACAGCCCCCAGGACCAGAAAGGGAAGGCGACCGUUCACUUGGUCGAGCCGCUCUCCCCGACUGCAGGGCCAGGCCAGCGCAAGCCCCCGCGCCUGGGCCAGGGCCGCAAUUCCCGCUCAGGAAGGCCGGCUGAGCUGAAGGUCCCCAAAGACAGGCAGCAGGGCUCCUCCCGAAGUAAGACCCCGACCCCCAGUGUGGAGACCCUGCCACCCUCGCGGCCUCUCCCCCUGGGGGGCCACCCUCGGACGCCCUCGGACCCAGGCUGGGAGAGCCCCGCGGCCCCUGGCGGGGAGCCUCCUGAGAAGACCCUUCUGGACAGCUGCAGACUGCAUGAUGAGAGCAACCAGCGGACCCCCGCACCAGCCCCCGGCAGGGACACGAACGUCCUGGCGGAGCAGAGGGGCUCCAGGGAUGCGCCAGAGACCCGAGGGAAGGAGGCGGGGCUGGGCCGUGCGCAGGCGCCUGCGGAGGAGCCACUGCGGGGCAAGGCCGGCCUCAUCGAGGUCGACCUCUCGGGCCUGCGGGCGCCCGACGAGGACGGGGAGACCGCUGCCCCCGACGGCUCGGCAGAGCUCGUCAACGACGGUGACCAGAAGCCCGGGGUUGGCUUCUUCUUCAAGGACGAGCAGAAAGCCGAAGAUGAGCUGGCCAAGAAGCGGGCCGCCUUCCUCUUGAAGCAGCAGCGCAAGGCCGAGGAGGCGCGCAUGCGCAAGCAGCAACUGGAGGCGGAGGUGGAGCUCAAGCGCGACGAGGCACGGCGCAAAGCGGAGGAAGACCGGGUGCGCAAGGAGGAGGAGAAGGCACGGCGUGAGUUCAUCAAGCAGGAGUACCUGCGCCGGAAGCAGCAGCAGGUGCUGGAGGAGCAGGGGCUCGGCAAGCCCAAGCCCAAGCCCAGGAAGCCGCGGCCCAAGUCCGUGCACCGGGAGGAGUCGUGCGGCGGUGACUCAGGAGCCAAGGCGGCCACCCCUGACAACCUGAGUCGGACCCAGUCGGGCUCCAGCCUGUCCUUGGCCUCGGCCACAACCACCGAGCCAGAGAGCGUCCACUCAGGGGGCACGCCUUCCCAGCGAGUCGAGUCGAUGGAGGCCUUGCCUGUCCUGAGCCGCAACCCCAGCAGGAGCACAGACCGCGACUGGGAAACUGCGUCGGCAGCAUCUUCGCUGGCCUCGGUGGCCGAGUACACAGGUCCGAAGCUCUUCAAGGAGCCCAGCAGCAAAUCCAACAAGCCGAUCAUCCACAACGCAAUAGCCCACUGUUGCCUGGCCGGGAGCUGGAGAAGUGCGACGCCAACCACUACAUCAUCCUGUUCCGCGACGCGGGCUGCCAGUUCCGGGCGCUGUACUGCUACUACCCCGACACGGAGGAGAUCUGCAAGCUGGCCGGCACGGGGCCCAAGAGCAUCGCCAAGAAGAUGGUCGACAAGCUGUACAAGUACAGCUCGGACCGCAAGCAGUUCAGCCUGAUCCCCGCCAAGACCAUGUCCGUCAGCGUGGACGCGCUCACCAUCCACAACCACCUGUGGCAGCCCAAGCGGCCCGCGGCGCCGAAGAAGAGCCAGCCUCGCAAGUGACUGGGUGCGGUGGCAGGAGGGCCCCGGCACACCCGUGCUCGCCGCCGUUUUCUCCCGCGGGUACGGGUGUGCAGUCAGACGGCAGGGGACCUGCCCCCAGCUCCUGGCGCACUUGGGCUGCGUUGGGCCAUGCGAGGAUGGGGGUGAGCAGGUGUCCAGGCGGCCUGCGGUCCCUACCGGCCACAGAGGCUCUCGGCGUCCAGCCUGCGCCUCGCCCGUUUGCACAUGGCCUGCCACCUGGCUGGGCGUUGUGACGCGUCCGGCCAGGUGUCCGGACGUCUUUGGAGGAGUCCCUGGUGGGAAGUGUUCUCGUUCGCGGAGUUGUACGGUAUUUAUUGGUUGUGUCUACUGCCAGCUUUGUGUCCACUGAGACUGAAAACCGUUCUUGUUCCUUGCUGCUCAGAAAGUCUCUGCGGAGCCAGCUCCCUGGAAGCGUGGCGGCCUGCAGUCUCUUUGCUAAGAUGGCAGUCCCAGGUGUGGAGGCGGCUGUCCUCAUGACCGUCACAGGGGGUGCGUGGCGUGGCAGCAGGUGGUUGCCACGUUGCAGGUGGGGCCAUCGGGACGGGGUUGGGACGGCUCUGCUGGUGUGUUCGCGUCAAUAAAGACAGUCUGGGUGCAGGCAA